UUAAAAGAACACCUGCUGAUUGGAUAAUACCAAACGAAUAAAUUUGCUUCACCCGAGCAAUGUCCCCGCUCCUCCAGCGAAGAGACUCUCUUAGAGAGCCCCGAUCGGUGGUAUUGCAGUGCGUCGAGGUCGUCCUGCGCCACAACGAUGCUCUACAGCACACUGGUGGAAUCAUUUCGAGUUUCCUGGGACCCCCACCUAAUUUGCCCUUAGCAGAAGCGUGUUCCUAUGGGUCGAUAGAUUUGCUCGACUGGAUCUGGGAGUCCAGUUGCACUAGUGCCGAGGAUAGAAGUUCGUCUUGGACCUUAUGCAACUAUUUAUGCUCAGAUACGCACUAUGCGCAGUGGCAGUUUGCAGAGGCACUGGAAGUUGCCGGUACAAGAAAUGAUGUGACAGUCGUGGAGUGGCUUCUAGAACACAAUAAUGGAUCUCAAAUAAGUGAAUAUAUCGUUGACGCCGUAGUUGCAAAGGGCCAUCUGGACGUGUUAAAAAUCUUUCUUGCCUACCAAAUCGAGGCUGGGAUGGUUGACUGGGGGUACAGUAUCGUAACCGCGAUGGAGAACGGACACUCAGAAGUUGUCAGGUGGAUGCACAAGAACAUUGGUGGUGGUGUUCACGUUCACAAUCUCAUUGCUAUGGCCCUGGAUAUCGGCGAUAUGGAUCUUGCGCAGUUUUUGAUGCCACGUGGUGGCUGCCUCUUGGACUACGCUUGUCCUGGGAAGAAUGUAUACAUGAUUGAGUGGAUGUUUGACUGUGGAUACCUACGACGCAGUGAGACCCACACAGUGAGUGCCAUACAAAGUCUUGCUGAAGUAGGAAACUUGGAGCUCUUACAGAAAGUGAUACAGUUGGUUCCUGAGCUUCCGAUCGAUAGCUCCAUUUGGAUCAGAUGCUGGGGUUUUGCGUUGAAAAUUGCGUUUAUGCGGUGCAACUUCCCGACCAUCCGCUGUCUAGUUGAGCACCGAAUGGGGUAUUUGAUUUGUAAUUGUUAUUGCAAAGUUUUAGCUGACCUAACCUGGCUGGCAGCUCGAAAGGGUCACAUCGAAUUGUUGCAGUACGUUUACAAUCUUGGAAUACCUAAUGCUUUCAAAGACGUUAGCAUUUGGGUAGGCGCCGUAAGUAAUGGAAAGUUGGAGACCGUCAAAUGGCUUCUUGAACGCAAAUUAUAUCCUCCGAGCGACGAGGAAUCCAAUGUGAUCGAUGAAGCGGCAAAAUAUGGCCGCUUGGAGAUUUUACAGUUUUUCCACGGACUCAGCACUGUUAUGACUAUGGAUGAGGAUGCCCCUGAAAGCCGAUUAACAAUUCAGGUCAACAAACUCUGGGCUAAAAGCCAUGCGAUAGAUCUUGCUGCUGCCCAUGGCCAUCUUGCUGUGAUACAGUGGCUGCAUAUGCACCGGAAGGAGGGCUGUACAGCUAAUGCGAUGGAUGGUGCAGCGACGUAUGGCCAUCUUCACGUAGUGCAGUGGUUGCAGGAAAACCGUGAUGAAGGGUGCACUACAGUGGCGAUGGAUGCAGCAGCGUCCAAUGGGCACAUGUCUAUACUUCAGUAUCUUCAAAUUAACAGGUCAGAGGGGUGUUCUGCCAGUAUCAUGGAUGGUCCUGCUAAAAAAGGAGACCUGAAUAUGCUAAAAUGGCUCCAUGAGAACCGAGCGGACUGGUGUACGAAUUGGAUACUCAAGUACGCUGUAUAUUCGGGUCAUUUGGGAACUAUAUGCUGGCUGCUAGUUCACUAUCCCGGUCUAAAGCUGGAAUCGGUGGAAAUGGCUGAGGAUGCACCCAACAAAUUUGAUGUAGUGCUGCUUCUGGUCUGGCAUUUCGGUCAAAGUUGGAUCACUUCUGACUUUGUAGAGGAAUCUAUACUGCCUGGCGAUGCGAAACCACACGACAACUACAUCGCAGAGUGGGUGCGGGAGAAAAUGUAGUAGAUUAUCGGCUGACGUAUCCGGAUAAUAGCAAUCAUUGAUUGAGCUGCCCUCAGAUCGAUUUCAACUUUAGCG